UUUGGCCUGUCUGUAUGGGGCCUUGGAGUCAAGUAUAUACAUUAUCACUAUAAGCACCAUGUUUGAAUACAGUGGCUUAAUUUCCUGAAUAAUAUAAACAGAAUGGUAUUUGAUUUGGGUUUCAAGUAAGGAUGUUUCCUUCAAGGAAGUCUCUUUGAAACCACUUGGAUUUACUUCUGAGUAAAUGUGUUUUACAUCACCAUUAUCAUCUAGGUUGCGGGGUCCUCUGUGAAAGCUGACAGGCAAUAUUGCUUCAGUACCGUGUUGUUAGUCUGAUGCUGUUGUUAAUCUGCUGUCCUAUACAGACUGAGUAUGUGAGUAAAUCCCAUUGAAUUCAAAGAGGUUUAUGGCUGAGUAGAUACAGGGUUGCACGGUAAGAUGUUUCAUGAGAGACAUCUAAGCAAACCCUAAAUCUUAACUAUGAUUUUUCACCCAAUUCCAAAACCUGUUGCAUCAGCAAAUGUGCAUUUGGGAUAAAGAAUACAAAGAAGAACAGUACAAGCCAGAACAGGACAUUAGCAUUGUGAAGAGGUAUGUCCAGGCAGAUGUUUGGGAUGUGUAUUGUGUUCUGCUGAUGGUUAAGAAUAGUAGCAGGACAAAAAUGCCUUCCAGCGUUGUCUGUGAUGAAACACAUUAAAGAUCUUUUUAUGCUCUAGGCGAGGGUGGAUUCUGUAAUUUAAUUCUGAAGUAUUGUUUAAACCAGUUUAAAAGAAAACAUUGAAAGUUGCAUUACUGGAAGAAUUGGGUUUUCUCUUGUCCUAUUGCUUGCUUACAUGCAUGGUCUCUAAAUCAAGGCUUCCACAUCGCAGCAGUGAAAACUACAGUUUCUGUGUAAACAUGGUCGAAAGGAUAUGCAAGAGGUGUCUUCUUUCCUUCCUUCCUUGCAGAACUUUACUAAAGCCCCAAAUCCGUAGGUAGUGGUAAAUUAGCAAGUGAGAAUCUCAUGUUAGUUGUCCAUUCUGUGUCUAGGAGCAUAAGCUAGGCUAUGACAAAACAUGGAGUAAAAGAGCAUAUCAGAUGGGAAAUAAGUUUCAGACUGUGCCAACACUGUACUUUUCACAAUUUUCAGACCAUUAUGACAUGCCCUGACUCACUAAUACACCAAAUAGACAUUUGCUACCAAUGACUAAAAAAGAAGUUCUUUUAUAUAGUAAGUCAAAUCUAAAAUGGUGUCACAUGGCACGAGCCUUUUGAACAUCUUAAAACAUGCUUGAAAUAGAAAUAGAGUGACCUCAUUUCCUGUUUAAGUUCUGUUUAAGGAAAUGAUACAUCCAGCUGAUGAUCCGGCUGAAAACUGGCCAGUUUUGGUUGAAAGAACUAUCUCUGUCUAACUGUAGAAUGGCCCAGAAAGAUGCAAAAAUAUUGCUUCUAAAUGAACUAAAUUUAGUUCAUAGGGUUGCCCCAUUCUCUUUCAUCAUAAAAACUCAGAAGCACUGAAGAUAGGGGUUUAUAACUGGUAUCCGUUAUACCAUCAAAUAGGAAAGUUUAAAAUUAGAUUAAAUUAAUUCUGUGGUACCUUGAAUCUGUUUGAGUUAUCCAAAAACAAAUACAUUAGAACGUAAACAGAUUAUAUUUGCUAUCACUGGGGAGAAACAUACAGUGCGCCCUUGCCUUAUGCAGCGGAUCUGUCCCAUACUCCACCGCGUAAGGCAAAUUCUUCAUAAGAUUGAGCCCCAUUUAUUUGAAUGGGGUGCGUCCCCACGGCAUGGAGCACUCCAAGGGCAUGUGGCCCAUUCAUCAUAUUAGGGCUCGCCGUACAUGUGACCUCAAGUCCGCAUAUGGUGAGCCCGCAUAUGGUGCAGGCGCGCUGUACUAAGGUAUUGUAUGUGACACUGUAUUUGGUUUGCUGCUAUAAUUUCCUCAUUGUAGUUGGGUCAAUUCCUGUUCAGGUUUUCCCCUCAGCAGCAAUGGGGAUAGAAAUGAUAGAACAUUGAUAGAAAUGGAGACUGCAGCCAGGAAAUCGGAAGAAGAUUAAGAAUGGGAAGGACAGCUAUGAAAGAACUAGAGAAGAUCCUAAAAUGCAAGGAUAUAUACAACUGAGCACAAAAGUUAGAAUCGUACAAGCCAUUGUAUUCCCUAUUGCUAUGUAUGGAUCUUAGAUCUUACAGUUAAGAAGGAGGAAAAUCAACACACUUAAGCCACGGAGAGGAACAAGCCAUGAUUUGAAGGAUUGGGAAGGCCACACGUAAAAUGUAUCCUCAGUAUGUAGGUCUAUUAAUGCUGAGAAGCAGGGAUUCAACUUUUUUCAUUUUUAUUGGAUUUAAAAUUAUAAUUAGAAAGAAAUUAACAAGAAAGCAAAAAGCAGGGAUAAAUACGAAGUGAAUGUCGACUCUGCAUAUAUAUUCAAACAAAAAUCCACCAAAUAGUGGUACCUUUAUUGGCCAACCAAAACAAACAAUAUACAUGUUGUAAGCUUUCAAAGCUUCACUGGUUUCUUCAUGAGGCAAACUAUUAAAAACCGUAGAGGAGAAAAAAUUAUGUUAGUCAUAGGCCUGCAUUUUGCUGUUAAUGUUCUCAGUUCAGAUGGUAUGGAGGGGUGUCUCUUGCAGGUUGGUAUCUCCUCUUUUUGGCCGUGUAGUGACUGGGAGAUUCUCAAAGUCCAAGCAAUUUUAACAUCCAUUUGCAGCACAAGGAAUACACUUCUUUUGCAAGCCAAUAUGUCUCCAUCCUUGUGAAGCUACAGCUCCUUUGUUAGAUGGAGAGCACUGAAUUUCUUAAGAAGUCUUCAUAUGUUUGCAUCAAGAAAAUUUUAGGUGGUGUAGAGGUAAAACAUGCAAAUCCAGUAGAAGAAGAAAAAUGUUUUACCUUUGUUGGAGGCGAAAACCUCAAAAAGAAAGGGAGAUAACGGACAUGCAGCACACUGUUCAGGUAUGGUUUGGAGAAGAUCUCCCUUUAAGUCCACGAAGUCCACUUACCCCAAGGCAUGGACCUGGCUUAGCAGAUGUUCUACUCUAUGACCAGUGGAUAUCUGUCCGACAUGAAGCAACUUUAGUUCCUAUGCAGGAAGACCUUGCCAUCUGGCUAUCUGGCUUGUUGGGGGUAGAACUGACAGCAGAAGAACUGUUGGAAGAUCUUGAUAAUGGUGUAUUACUGUGCUUGUUGAUUGGAGUCAUUCAAAGUGCAGUUAAAAAAAGCUGUAACCCAAAUGACUUAAGUAAUUUCCCUUUGAAAAAAGUCCCCUGUAAGAAAGAUGCUCCUUCAGGAUCCUUCUUUGCCAGAGAUAACACAGCGAACUUUCUGAACUGGUGUAGAUGCAUUGGAGUGGAUGAGACUUACCUCUUUGAAUCUGAAGGCUUAGUUCUGCACAAAGAUCCAAGACAAGUAUAUCUUUGUUUACUGGAAAUUGGACGCAUUGUCUCAAGAUAUGGAGUCGAACCUCCUGUUUUAGUAAAACUGGAGAAGGAAAUUGAAUUGGAAGAAACCUUAUUGAUGUCCUCUGAUCCUGUAGCUCCUGUUGUCACUCCCAAAUCAUGUUGUCAACAUGAAGAACUGCAUGAAGCAGUUAAACACAUUGCUGAAGAUCCUCCUUGCAGCUGCUCUCAUAGGUUUUCAAUUGAAUAUUUAUCUGAAGGACGUUAUAGGUUAGGAGACAAGAUACUCUUCAUACGAAUGUUACAUGGCAAGCAUGUGAUGGUACGUGUUGGUGGGGGCUGGGAUACCCUUCAGGGCUUUUUGCUCAAGUAUGAUCCUUGCCGAGUGCUGCAGUUCGCAACUUUAGAGCAAAAAAUCUUGGCAUUUCAAAAAGGUGCAUCCAGUGAGACAGUUCCUGAUUCAUCUUCUAGAACUCCCCAGCCUCCAGUCAUGAACCCCAUGUCUGCUGUUGAUACAUAUCGGAAACAAAAUUCAAAGCCUUCUACUCCAUCUUCAGCUCGUGUAGCUAAUAGGAAGCAGGCAGUAACAAAGUCCAUACAAUCACCUGCACUUUCUUCCCCCAAAGCAACAAUGCAAACACCUUCUAGAAGCCAGUGUGCUUCUGGCCAACUGAAGUUGAAAAGUUCCUCAGUGAAUAAUGCAUGUCCAUCUUCCAAAUCCUCAACUGCUGCUUCAAAAAAAUUAGCACCUCCUUCUCAUCAAUUAUUGCCCAUGUCCAAAUCUGUACAACCUGUGAAUAAAGGUUCUGCACCACCCUUACAUAGAACUGCUGUAACAUCUUCAGAAUAUCUUCAGAAACAUAUCUUGUCACCAGUCCAACUUACACGUCCCCAAUAUUCUUCAGUCAUGUUGCAUCCUGCCCCUUCUUGUUCAACAAAUAAGCUUUUUGAGUUGCCUGGGACAAAAAAAAGGGUGGCCUCUGAAGAGAUGCUUGAUUCUCCAAAGAGCAGUGCACAGCUCAGUGCCACAGCCAAAUCUAAACCUCUUUCAAAAACCUCAGCUAAGUCUACACGGCCAACUAACAGAACUCCUUGUGGUUCUAAACCAACAUGUUCUCAACAGUCUUUUGCAACAUCAGCAAAAACAGUUUCCAAAACUACUACUUCCCAAAUGUUAUCAGCACAGUUUUGCUCAGCCAGAGGCACACCAGAAACUAAACAGGCCAAAAAUAUCAAAACUGCAGCUGUUGGCAAACAGUUGGGUUCUACCUCCUCGCUUAUAGCAGGUAAAUCAACACAACUGGCAUCUGCAUUAGGAUCAAGGAAUAAAAACACAUCUCCAUCUGCUAUCAAUCAUUCCUCAAGCAAGAAUUUACAGGCCCAAACCAGCAGAGCAAAACCUCUGGUGGGAUCCAGUGUGUCCAAACAUUCUGAGCGUACUCCAUUAUCUGUUGUACGUCUUCCCCAAAAAUCUACUAUAGCCGAGACCAGAAAAAAGACAAUGCAAGCUGCCACCAAAAGUCAACCUCCAACUAAAGCCGCCCGGAAGAAUGAUAAAAACUUUGAUCUGGCUGCUAAGAAACCUCUUUUAAAAGUAAAGGCUGAUACUGUCAAUACUAAUGGAAUGCCUGUUGGAUUAAAGGAUCCCACAUUGAAGAAGAAAGAUGACAACUAUUUUGUUAUGUCUGGAAAUAAGAAGCUUAGAAAAUAAAACAAGAGGUUACCUGGUGAUUUCCAAUAGUUGACUUCAUUUAAGAGAAAGCUAACAUUAAAUAAUGACAUUGCAAAUGAAAUGCCUUUAAACAAUACAAUUUGAUAUGUUCUGAUAGUCAUUUAAAAACACUUCCCCAGAAUGCAGUAAUAUAUUGAUAAGUUUCAGGUUUUGGGGUACUUUCCCAUAUUUAUCUGAGAUGAUAAAGUCUUCAUAAAAUGUUUGUUCAUAUUUCACAUCGCAAAUAUUCCUGAAUGAAUCACAUGAGCGAGAUUAUAUUUUCUAUACUGGGAGGAAAGCUAAGUAUUAGUUCUCCAUACUGUAUUAGCAAUUGAUGCUUGGGAGACAUAUUUAUUAUGAAAUAUUAGCAGAGCUUUGAAAAGUGAAUUGUUUGGACUACAGCUUGGAAAACAUCUUAGCCUGAAUGGCCAUGAUCACUUGGAAAUUCUGGAAGUUAUACGUAGUCCAAAAUUAGCUUUUCCAAGCUCUCUGCAAAUGAAAUGCUCACAUAUAUCGAUUCAGUUUCCCCCCCACCCCAGUGGGUAUGGGAAUGGCCUUAGUGUUGUUGUUUAAAUACCAUUGUCAAUAGGGAUAGCUUUGGAUAACUUAUUUAUUGGUAACUAAUUAAAAUUAUUUAUCAAAUAUUUCUAAAUGGCAGAGAUAUGUUAUAUUAACAGAGCGAUCAGCCUGUGAGUGCCCCUCAGCAGAGAUUGCUGAUUGGCUUUAGCAUUUUUUAAUGUCUACAUAUCCACUGAGCUUUCAGUGAAACCAAGUCAAUAGCAACACUACAGAUCUUGGCCUUAAGCAUUGUCACCUUUGUGCCUUAGCCCAAGAUGUGGCCUGUCAGUUAUAUUGCAAGAUGUGUGUUGUUAAUCUCAGCUAUGUACAGGCCUGUGAUGAUAUGAGUUGGAUUUAAGCAAACAAAACUAUGAUAUGAUUUAAUAAUUUAGAUCAUAUAAUUUCAUGUGUGCUGAUACUGUGUAACUCUUCAUAUUGGCCUUUCUGGAAUGAAUAGAAGUUGUACAACACUGUAGACUGGUGGAUUGCCUAUGUAAAAUGCACUACCUAAACCUUCCUGCAGGAGAAGAAUACAAUAUAGAAUUCUAGAAAAUAUGCUUAGGUCUGCAGUGUGAGAGCAGCCUUCAGAUAAUAUGAUUUAUAUUUGUCAGCACAAUUGAAAUGCCUUUCAAAUAAGCUGCCUAUGUGAUUAUUAUCUUAAUAUCACGUGUUACCUCAUUGCUAACUCUAUAAUAAAUUCUUUGUUGCAUCAAUGCUUUCACUUGCAUCACAUGCUCUUGUAAUAUAACUUUGGAAGGAAAACAACUGUUCUAAAUAUCUGCACAUCAAAUUGUGCACUCUCAAGCUAGGGUGCUUAAAAUUGCAUGUGUAUGUUUGUAUAAACUUGUACUUGUUAAAGCAGUAUUUCAGGCAAUAUGUAUAUUUAAAAUGUUUGCCGUACCUCCUUCAUAAUUAAUGUUUAUGUGGGAGUCAAAAACUGCACUGUCAAGUAUUGGGGAUGGAGUUUCACUCUUUUGCAAAAGAUCUGUAUGUUAGUAUCAAACUGUAGCUUGAAUAUACAUUGCAGAUGAAGUUGAAAUUAAUCCUCAAUGAAUGGAACUUUUGCAUAAAACAAAAAUCACAAGUUGGUGUUAGUUACUGUUGACUAAAGCUGAAAUAAAUAGUCAAGCACAUAUCUCAAACCUGGUUUAGUUGCUCUUUAAAAGAUGAUAAUGGCUGACUGGUUGAAGCUGGAUACGGGUAACAGUUUACAUUAAUAUGUAUUCCAUAUUGCAUGGAAAACAUCACAGUGAGGAUAAAUGGUAUGCAGCACCAGGUGAUUCCAUCUGGUAAUCAGGUAAUCAUACACAGUUUAUGUACAGGGUUCUUCCUUCAGUAUGAAAACCUACUGAUAUGUACAGAUUCCCUUAGUUGAAUCAGGUGGGCUAGUUUAAUGAGAUUAUAGCCCUCUGCAUACUUAUCUGGGAAUAAGCCUCAGUGAAUUCAGUGUCACUUACUUCUGAGUACUGUAAGUCAUGGGUACAACAUUUAUAAAUGGGGCAAGAAUUGGGAUGCAGAGGCAUGGUUGUGCCUGGAACUAAUUUUCUUUAACAUGUACAGUAACAAGGUAUUCUCAUGUGUCUUAACCACUGUUGUUGUGUUCCUUCAAGUCAUUUCUGAUUUAUGGUGACCCGAAGGCAAAUCUAUCUUGGGGUUUCCUUGGCAGAAUUUGUUCAUAGGGGGUUUGCCUUUUAGUUCCUCUCAGGCAGAGAGAGUAUGACUUGCCCAAGGUCACCCAGUGGGUUAACAUGGCCAAGCAGUGACUUGAACUCUUGUCUCCCACCAUCCUAGUUAAACCACCACAUCACACCGGCUCUCACUGUAUCACUGUGGUGGUGACAUAAACAUCCAUUUCUGUACUUCAGGAUUGAUUUACAGAUUUAAAAUACAUCACCAUAUUCUGUGGCAAAUGGAACAGACAGCUAUUCAGCAGAGUAUUAUUGUCAUGGGUUUCUUAAUUAAGGCUUGAGUCCAGAAGUCUUCACAGUUACCUAACAGCAAAAAUUAAGUACAGGGGUACAGACCUGAGCUUGACUCCACCACCGUCCCAUGUCUAGGUGGGAAUCACAUGGAUUUCCAAGUAUUGCUGUGUUGCAACUCCCUGCAUGCCUCACCAUGUACAAUGCAUGCUAAGGAAACUAAACUGGGUGUUGCCAUUCAGCAACCUCUGGAGGGCCACAUGAUGGCCAACCCUGGACUAAAUGAGUCUUCUUGGUUAUUUUUGUAAAGAUGUCAGAAUCCACUAGCGCAGAAUGGGAUUUAAAUUUGCUUUAUACAGUGUUGUGGUUAUGCUGCAGCAUUUGAGAAUUACAACCAUGAUCCAAAAGAGCAGCUCAGUGCCUGAAGCUGGGGUUUACCUGUUCUGAGUGACUGCAGCAUUAAGCUUGUGUGGGUAUGCUCAUGAAGCUUUGGCCCAGUACAUACCUUCCUAGAUGUCUGGAGCAUUGUCGUUGUUUUUUCCUCCACAGGGAAGCCGCAUCCGCCAAACCACGAAGGAAAAAGAACCUGCAAAAAGUGGGUUCUUUUAAAGCUGCAGGGGUGGCUUUAAAAGUUAAGUGCAGGGGACCGUGCGGUUGCUGCGCAGUCCCUUAAUCCUAGUACAGCGCCAGCACAGCAUGCUAAUGCCAUGUGUACCGCGCCUUUGUUUGAAAGGGAGCAGGUUUUAUCUAUGCAGGUUUUGAUGUGGGAGGUCUCUCCUAAAUUGUCUUCUGCAUUCACUUC